AUGUUCAAGAAUGAGAGUCGCGUCGUGGCAAAGAAAGCGGAACAGCGUUACGAAGAGCUUGCCAAAUCAAAAGAACCAAGAACACCUUUGGGGCGUGGAGAACCCAACAGGAUCAGAAGCGUGCAGCGGAUCUAUCCGGUGCAGAGUCCGCCCAAGGCUGAGAUCAUGGCCUUGCAACCCACGCUGAAUAUCGACGCCCAAGCGCAAGGCUUCUUCCUCACCAACUAUGCAGGCGCUGCCGAUUUCCCUCAAGGAGGCCAAUUCGAAUGGAUUCCCCAGCUGUUGUCACGGCCGAAUAUCGAGGGUACGCUUCGUGAGAGCUUCCGCGCCCUAAGUCUAGCAAUCUUCGCCAAUGCAGCGAAGUCUCCUGCCGUCAUGCGAAAAGCGCGUAUCGCAUACGGUUCUGCAUUGGAGGAAACAAACAGAGCGCUCAUGUCGCACGAAGCCGCGGUCAAAGAUAGCACUUUGGUUUCGGUCAUCCUACUUGGCAUGUACGAGGGCACGGUAUACACAGAUAAGAGUUCCAUCGAUAGGUGGUCAAAGCACGUCAGCGGGGCUUACACCCUCUUCAUGUUACGCGGCAAGUCGCAAUUCGAGACAGAACUUGGACGGCGAAUAUUCCAGCAGUCAUACGGCGUCGCUCUAUUCUUCACGCUUGAACUAGGGACGGGUAUUCCAGAGCACUUGCAAGAGCUGUACGACAGCAUCCCCCUGGAAUCGGGAUUCAACGAGCUUGUUAAAAAAUUCAUGAUCGGCAUUCUGCACGUCAUGGACGCAGUCGUCAAACUCGGUCAAGACAAGAGCCGAGAUCCCGUGGAAACAAUCAACCGCGCGAGAAAUCUCAGUCAAGAGCUAGAGGAUAUCAAGGCUCUUUUACCUGCAGCCUGGCAUCCAACAAGGAGCAAACCUGAUGAGGGUUCGUGA